AUGAUUAUAAAUGAGCAAGGUGAAUGGGAAUCUAAAAGCGAACCUAAGGAAGAAGCUCCAAUAUAUGAUGAAGAAAUUAUGCAAGAUAAAGGAGGAUUUGGAAAGGUCUACAAAGGAGAGAUCGAUGAGGGCACUACAGUGGCUAUCAAGCGUGCUAAUACAUUAUGUGGCCAGGGUCUGAAAGAAUUUGAAACAGAGAUUGAGAUGCUUUCCAAGCUUCGGCACCGGCACCUUGUUGCAAUGAUUGGCUACUGUGAAGAGCAGAAAGAGAUGAUUCUGGUUUACGAAUACAUGGCUAAGGGAACACUGAGAAGCCAUCUCUACGGGAGCAACCUUCCUCCUCUGAGCCCGUGGCCUUCACUACCUCCAUACAGGAGCGGACCGAGGUAUAAUCCACCGGGAUAUUUUGGGCUGUCAAAAACUGGGCCGACGCUUGACCAGACCCAUGUUAGUACUGCAGUCAGGGGAAGCUUUGGAUACCUAGAUCCUGAGUACUUCCGGAGGCAGCAACUCACACAAAAAUCCGAUGUGUAUUCUUUUGGAGUGGUGCUCUUUGAAGUAGCGUGUGCAAGGCCUGUGAUAGAUCCCACAUUGCCAAAGGAUCAAAUAAACUUGGCAGAGUGGGCGAUGAGAUGGCAGCGCCAGCGUUCGCUGGAAGCAAUCAUGGAUCCUCGUCUGGAUGGUGACUUCUCAUCAGAAUCCCUGAAGAAGUUUGGUGAGAUUGCAGAGAAAUGUCUCGCUGGUGAUGGGAGAAGCAGGCCAUCAAUGGGUGAGGUCCUGUGGCACCUUGAGUAUGUGCUGCAGCUCCAUGAAGCUUACAAGCGAAAUGUAGAGUCUGAAUCAUUUGGAAGCGGUGAAUUGGGAUUUGCUGAUAUAUCCUUUAGCCUUCCUCACAUCAGAGAUGGGGAAGAGGAACGCCACUCCAAGCCAUCAAGUAUCAGAGAGGAACUAGACACAUGA